AUGUCAUCGCUUUUACGUUCAACAUCUCAAGACAUCGAUUCGGAAGAUGAAAAAGAAGGUUACAUUUCUUGUGUGAUUGAUCAAACUACGGUAAGCAUUGAUGCCAAAAUAAUCAAACCGUUCAAGGGUGUCAUUGCACAAGGAGGAAAUCUUCAAGAAGAAAAUCAGACAGCAAUAAUAGCAAUAUAUGGUUGCUAUUUACCGGACCGUCGACUUCGAGAAUAUCGCUAUAUUAUUGAUCAACUUUUCUAUUAUGUUUAUCAUAAACUCGAAAAAAUGGUUACGAAUGAUUAUGUUCUAGUAUACUUUCACGGCGCAACACCUAAACAUAGAAUGCCCGAUCUAAAAUUUCUGAGAAAAUGUUAUCAAAUGAUUAAUCUAAGACUUCGUAAAAAUCUUCGAUCCGUUUAUGUUGUUCAUCCAACGCGAUGGUUACGAACCGUUAUUGCUCUAUCACGACCAUUUUUUAGUAAUAAAUUUUAUCACAAAGUACGCUAUAUGUAUACAAUAGCCGAACUUGAGAGGCAAUUACCAAAUAAUCACUUACAAAUACCCGAUAUGGUUGAACAAAUGAAUUGGAUAUUUUCUCAGCGUUACGAUCGACAAUCAAACGCAUCUCACAAACAGCAUCAAAAACAAAAAGAAUCAACAAGAAGCAAAUUGGCAAAUGAUUCAUCCAUAAAUGAAUCGACAGUGUGA